AUGGCUUCCGAACCAAUCCAAAAUCCGGCGAGGCUCUCGAGCACCUUCCAAUCCCCCAAUCCCAUUCCAACGCGCCGGAGCUCCUGGGGCGUCCUCGCGAACGGCUACGCCUCUCACAGCCACACAAAAGGCACCAGUAUGGGCACCGGCGGCGAAAGCAGUACCUCGCCCACCACCUCCAAAUCCCCGCCCCGAUCGCCUACGCGGCCGCCCUCGAAGGGAGCUGCUGCCUCGAACCCAGUCCUCCGCCCUCUUCCCGAGGACGCCUGGAUAGCCAAGUCCCGCAAAUCGCCUAUACACUCACACGCCCCGCCCUUCAUGAUUCCACAACCGCGAGACUCCUCGCUGGGCGCCCUCCGGGACGGUAUCCCUUCCUCCCCACCUCCCACAGCGGAGCCGCACCCGCAGCAACCGCACACAUACCCGUCUGCCCUCUCUCCGCCGCCUUCAGACCCCUUGCGCAGCAUAGGCGACGAGCUGAUCUACCAGAAAAGCGCGACGUGGUCGGAGGAGAAGGAGAAGAUACUGCUAGGGCCGUAUGAUUACCUCUACGGACAUCCGGGAAAGGACAUUCGGGCGCAGAUGAUUGCGGCGUUUAAUGCGUGGCUGAAGGUGCCGGAGAAGAGUUUGGAGGUUAUUACAAGGGUGGUGGGGAUGUUGCAUACGGCUAGUCUGCUGGUCGACGACGUAGAGGACUCCUCCCUCCUCCGCCGCGGCGUCCCAGUCGCAAACUCCAUUUUCGGCACAGCCCAGACGAUCAACUCAGCCAACUACGUCUACUUCCUCGCCCUCAAAGAGCUCUCGAAGCUGAGAUCCCCGCAAGCGAUAGACAUCUACACUGAGGAACUGCUGAACCUGCACCGAGGCCAGGGCAUGGAUCUCUUCUGGCGCGACACCCUGACCUGCCCCAGCGAAGCCGACUACCUCGAGAUGGUCUCGAACAAGACUGGGGGACUGUUCCGGUUGGCCGUGAAGCUUAUGCAGGCGGAGAGUGCUUCGGACAUCGACUGCGUCCCCCUAGUAAACACAACAGGCCUCCUCUUCCAAAUCCUCGACGACCACCUCAACCUCUUGUCGCCAACCUACACAGCCCUCAAGACCUUCGCCGAAGACCUGACAGAGGGGAAAUUCUCCUUCCCCAUUAUCCACGCUAUCCGCGCCGACCCGUCCAACCUCGUACUCAUCAACGUCCUGAAGCAGAAGACCAAGGACGAGCAGGUGAAGCGGUAUGCCGUAGAUUAUAUGGGCCGCAUGGGCAGCUUUGAGUAUAGUCGGCGGGUGAUCAGGCAGCUGAGACGGAAGGCGCUGGGGCUGGUGGAGGAGCUGGAGGGACGGGUGGAGGGGGGCCGGGAGGGUGGGGAGGGGAUUAGGGCCAUUUUGGGGAGGAUGAGGGUGGAGUGA